AUGGAGAACGUUGUAUUAACAUCUGCAACACAUAUAAGUCCUAAAUCAGGUAGUCCGCUUUGCUCACAAUUCGUUCCUAUUGUAACUGACGAAGCAGUAACAACGCUAACACUUGAAUCAAAUAUUGAAAAUCCAACAGAAUCAGUCGAGCAAACAGAAACCGAUGGAAAUUUUCAAGCUAAAAUGGACAUCAACUAUCAAGCACACGAUGUCGCUUUAGCAGCAGCAGCAGCAACAGGAAAAUCAAAUGAACAUGAACAAACAAAUGGUUUGAAACUUAAUCAACAUCACAAAGUUGAUAUUGAUGAAACUGAUCAACAUCCAGAUAAAGUUAAAUCACCUUGUUCACUGGUCAACGCAUUAUUACUAGUUUUGGCUAUUGUUUGUUUUGCAAUAUUUCUGUGUGUCAUUGCAAUUAUUCUCGGGAGUAAAACAAAUGCACGUAACGACAAUGGAAAACAUCCAUCAAGACUAUUAGGUGAAUAUAAGCAACAAGAUCUUUUUACUCCAUUAAAUGAGCCAAUAACUGAACCGUAUUUCAAUUUAACAUCUCGAACUCACGGUGGCAUAAUUGUUGUUUUAUCACGUCGUGGUGCAUCUGUAAAUGAUAUAUUAAUUCCAUAUGUUCACAGUGAUGGAUUACAACAUUACCGUUCAGUUGUUCUCAAAGGUAAUCAAUUUGGUUCGAUUCGUUUGGGUUUUGAUGGUAAAACCAAUUCAAUGGAUAUGAAUAAUCAAUUACCAUUGAAUUAUCCAUUAUUAAAUUCUGAUAAUGAAGAUUGGUCAAUGUAUGGCGAUCUGAAUGCACCGUAUCGUGUUCGUUUUGUUCAUGGUUUGAUUGAAACUAUUUAUGAAUUUACAUCAUCCAAUCCUAACGAAUUAGUAAUGACAACAUUUGUAUCGCCAGGAUUAAACGAACAAAUUGUUGCUGAUCCAACAAAUAAUAUUUAUUUUAAUUUACGUGGAGAUGGAAAUUUGAGCACACAUUAUUUAACUCUCAGUGGAUCAACUCCAGUCAGCAUAGAAAAAGGUCAAGAAAUGGAAAAAAAUCUAUUAACUCAAGGACAAUUUGUUGAUCAAUUAAAAGAAGUUAAUAAUUAUUUUUUUAAAAUUGAUCGACCUGGUAUUGGAAAAAAUUAUAUUGCAACAUUGUCAGAAAGUGAAACAAAAACAAAAUUAAUUAUUUUCGCUGAUCAUCAUGGUAUUAUGAUUGAUACAUCUGUUGUUACUUCGGCCAACACUAAUAAAACAAUAUCUGAUAUCUAUGGUAUUCGUAUUAGUCCAAGACAAUCGCCUGUUUAUGAAACAGUGUCAAAUUAUGGUCCAACUUUAAUUGUUUAUCCAUCUCAAGCAAUUCAUACGACAUGGUGGCGAUUUGAAUAUUAA